AUGACUCCGCAGAUAACGAAGCGGAACGACAGGCGCGGAUACGCGCCGCAACGACAGAUAACAUUCGGGACGAUAAUACUUUGGACCCUGGCGCUGGCGUUAGCCCUGGUCGUGGUGACCAAUUUGCAAACCGACAGCGUGGACGCCGCGCUUGGACCUCAAGCAACAUACGAACCCAUGCCGGCGCCGAUGGACGGAGAUGGCGGGCUUGUGCAGGAGUCGUUCUGUGAGCCGCUCGGCAUUCCCGGCAACCACACGAUGGCCGACGUAUGGUCCGCUGAAAUGGAGCACGCCAUAGGUUCGGGCUCAGGGGCGAUCAGUUCCGCGGACGAAACCGCGAUGGAAACGGUCUGGUCCGCCGAAAUCACGGUUGGGACGGCUGAAGACCCGGGUAAUCCCAUCCUGGUGUACACGGGAUACUUCCCGCUCAAUUCGGGUACCGCAGGGGCCCUGGACGAUACGGGGUUCAGCCACGACGGGGUGGACUAUGACAUCAGGGCCAUAUUUGAACAGGGGUUCAGCGGCACAGUCCAUCAAUUGAUUACAGUCCAUCAAUUGAUUUUUGAAGCCGACCAUCCGCUGCACGACAACCUGGUGCUACAGGUCGACGAUGACCAGUUUCAAGUGUCCGAGUCGAAGGCGCUGGGCAGCGACAGGAACAUACACAGCUGGAUGCUUGGGGAGAGCCUGGGCUGGGAAGAAGGUGCGCUCGUGCCGAUUGCGCUGAUAGAGCUGCCGGCACCGGACCCCAGUCCAGGCCCAAUUUGCAACACCAUCGCCCUGAAGUAG